AUGAAUUAUAUGCACCACCUGCCUCCCCCGGGAGCCGUCAAGUCCCUCGUUACCAAGACCCGACGUCGCCAGAACUGGAGUCGGCGAAAGGUCAUAGUGCACACUUGCUCCCACUCCGGCUGUGGCAAGACAUACACCAAAUCAUCCCACCUGAAGGCACAUCUCCGCACACACACGGGCGAGAAGCCGUACCAGUGCGGCUGGAAGGGCUGUGGCUGGAAGUUCGCUCGCUCGGACGAGCUGACUCGCCACUACAGGAAACACACCGGGGACCGUCCCUUCCAGUGCAGACUCUGCGAGAGGGCGUUUUCCAGGUCUGACCAUCUCUCUCUCCAUAUAAAACGACAUAUCAAUAUCUGAAGAGUAUUUUGACCAAAAUAUAAUCUAGUUU